AUGGCUACACAACCACAAGAAACGGCGCAUCAAGCGUCGGGCUUCAUCGAUGAAAAAGGCUCCGACUCAUCGAUGACUCCACCCACAAAGGUUGAGGAUAUCGAAAGUUCCGGGGUGGAAGACGAAAUCGAUGCGGCUACUGAGGCGAGAGUACUGAGAAAGCUGGAUGUUCGCAUUGUGCCAAUGCUAUGUUGGAUUUACUUGAUGAAUUUCAUGGAUCGAGUCAAUAUUGGAAAUGCUCGUCUCUAUGGUUUGGAGGAAGAUCUCAACAUGGACCCAGCCAGCGAUCAAUUCCAGCUCGCAGUCUCUAUCUUGUUCGUUACCUAUGUCCUCUUCGAGACGCCCAGUAACAUGAUCAUCAAGAGGAUGAAACCUGCACGAUACCUCGCAGGACUCAUGUUUCUCUGGGGAAUAGUGUCCACUUUUACCGCUUUUGUCAACAACUAUGCUGCCUUGAUCGCUUGCAGACUUCUCCUAGGAAUGUUUGAAGCAGGACUAUUUCCUGGAGUUAUACUCUACCUGUCAAUGUUCUACAACAGAAGGAACGUGUCUCUCAGGCAAGCUUUGUUCUACGGUACCUCUGCUAUAGCCGGAGGACUGGGUGGACUGGUCGCCUACGCUAUCGGCGAAAUGGACGGUACAGCUGGAUGGAGAGGAUGGCGAUGGAUUAUUCUAAUCAUUGGCAUUCUUACCGUAGUGAGCGCUCUUCCUGUGCCUUGGAUUCUCCCCAAUAGUCCGGAAACCGCCACUUUCCUGACCGAAGACGACCGACGAAUCUUGCUACGGCUGCGAAUGAGGGAAGUCGGCCAAACGGUAUCGGGUCAAGAGCUUCAAAAGGAAGACGUCAUAAAGGGCAUCAAGGACUGGAAGGUGUAUGCCUUUGCUGUCGCUCAGUUCGUCGGACUCGGUAUGCUCUACAGUUUCUCAGUGUUCCUCCCAACCAUCAUCAAUGGGCUUGGAGGUGGCUGGUCCCGUCAAGUGGUUCAGGCCCUUACGAUUCCAGUAUACGUUGUUGGUUUCAUAACCUACGUCACUGGAGCAUACUACAGCGAUAAGACACAGCAAAGAGGUCUCUUCUGCAUUGCCGGACUCUCUGUGAGCAUGCUUGGAUACAUUUUCCUCAUUGCAAACCAAGGCCUUGGUCUGAGUUUCGCCGGCUGUUUUGUCGUAGCCCUCGGUCUAUGGGUCGCAACCGGACUCGCCUUUUCCUGGGUUGCUGUCAACAACCCCCGAUACGGAAAGCGGGCUUUUGCCAGUGGCAUGCAAAUCACCAUUGGAAACUGUGCUGGUAUUGCAUCGCCGUUCUUGUACAAAGGUAGCACGGCCCCUACAUACCGGCCCGGAUACGGUGCUACUAUUGGGUUGCUGGCACUAGGCAUUACCAUCUACACGUCAUUGCAUUUGUACCUGCGCAUGAAGAACAAGAGGAAGCUUUCUGGUCAAGAAGACUGGAGAAUCGAGGGCAAGACUGAGGAGGAAAUUGAAGAAAUGGGAGAAGACAACCCAGGGUAUCUGUACACGACUUAG